AUUUGGCUGACAUCUCAUACUAACUGGAGCAGGACACACAGACAGCGAUAACAUUGCUACAGAAAGUCACUAGCGUUUGUACGGGAGGAGCAGCCAUUUCCAUAACACAAUGGGACGAUGUUGCCCAUGUCCGUGUCUGAAGGAGAAGUGCGACUCCCGGUGGCCGAUCCUGUUUGUUAUCACAGUGGCUAUGAUUGUGGAUUGCGUGCUGUUCACUAUUGUAGCUCCAAUCGCCCCAGCAAUUCUUUAUGACAUUGAGUAUGGGAAAGGAAACACAACAUUUCAGAACUCCUCCGGUUCCUCCAGUGCUUAUCCCAUUUCCAGCUAUUCUUCCUUAUCAAAUCUUUCACUCUUUGACAACUCGAGUAAAGAACCGUACCAUGACCGGAUCACUAACAGUACUGAGAGCCCUGGCAAUAAAAGGAAGUGCUAUGAGGGGACCGAAUAUUUAAAGGAACAGAACGUAAGAGUUGGUCUCCUCCUUGCUAUUAAAGCCAUACUGCAGCUUCUGACAAACCCCAUAGUGGGCAAACUCAUUAACAGAACUGGAUAUGAUGCCCCGCUGUUUUGUGGCUUCUUCAUUGUGUUCCUCUCCUCUCUUAUGUUUGCCUUUGCCAAUUCCUAUGCCUUUCUUUGUGUGGCCAGGGGGCUCCAGGGAAUUGGAUCCUCUUUCACCAUGGUGUCAGCUAUGGGCAUGCUGGCACAUGUGUUUCCAGAUGAUGCUGAACGAGGGAAAGCCAUGGGUAUAGCCAUGAGUGGUGUUGCCAUUGGGAUACUUGCGGGGGCUCCUUUUGGUUCUGUCAUGUAUGAGUUUGUUGGAAAGGCUUCUCCAUUUCUGGCCAUUGGAGUCUUGGCCCUUCUAGAUGGAGUACUCCAGCUUUUCAUACUUCGGCCUACAAAGUUUACUCCAUUGGCUAUUCCUCCCACACCCUACAGAGAUCUUGUCUUGGAUCCUUACAUUAUGGUGACUGCAGUGGGCCUUUGUAUUGCUAAUCUUACCUUUGGCAUGCUGGAACCAACAAUACCCAUCAGAAUGAUGGAAACCAUGUGCGCCCCCCGCUAUCAACUUGGGUUGUCUUUCCUUCCCUCUGUGAUCACAUAUUUCAUUUGCUUGAAUGCCUUUUCGGGGCUUGCACAAAAAAUUGGGAGGUGGCUGUGCAUUAUGAUUGGAAUGAUAAUUCAAGGAAUCGGUGUCAUGUUUCUGCCGUUAGCAUUGAAUAUAUUUGGACUGAUUGGACCUGAUGCCGCACUGGGGUUUGGCUUUGGAUUGAUGGAGACAUCAGUAAUGCCACUCAUGGCACAUCUGGUAGAUUUACGGCACACUUCUAACUAUGGAGGCAUUUACGCCAUCUCUGAUAUUGCUCUCUGUAUUGGUUAUGCACUGGGUCCCUCAUGUGGAGGAGCCAUUGCCAAGGCCCUUGGAUUCACCUGGUUAAUGAUAUUAUUGGGUUUAUUAAACAUUCUCUAUGCCCCAAUCUUCAUUCUACUGCGCAACCCGCCUGGCAAAGAGGAGACAAAGCCUGUACUAAACCCAGAGGAGAAGCAAGAGGAGGAAGACUUGUGACAACUUCCCAGACAUGUUCCUCACAGGCGUCAUUGAUGAUGAGAUGGCCUUUGGCUCUAAGAAUAACAAAAGCACACCCUUCUGACCAACAACUCUCAUUCUUCUUUCUGAAACAAUGACUUAUUUAACCACUGACAAGCUAAAAACGGACACCUAUUAUUCAGUAGUGGUUAGUUUAAUAAGGCUCAGGCCUGGCACAUACUGGGUAUGUCUGUUCCACCAAGUCAUGGGCCACCAGACACCUCUUUGCUCAGGUGCAAAUAGCACUAUGCUUAAGAUUUUACUAUAGAUUUUUUUAGUGUGUGCAGAUUAGUUCACCAAAAGAGGGAAGCUAUUUUAAUUGGGACCUCCUCUAUUUUUUGGUAAUCUUAUACAGUAGACCAGUGAUCCCCAACCAGUAACUCGGGGGCAACAUGUUGCUCACCAACCCCUUGGCUGUUGCUCCCAGUGCCCCCAAACCAGGUAGUUAUUUUUGAAUUCCAGACUUGGGAGCAAGUUUUGGUUAAAGAAAAACAAGAUUUAAUACGUGCAUAGAGGCCCCUAAUAGCCAAUCACAGCCCUUAUUUGGCUCCUCCAUGAACUUUUAUGGUGCUUGUGUUGCUCCCCAAGUCUUUCUACAUUUGACUGUGGCUCACGAGUAAGAAAGGUUGGGGACCCCUGCAGUAGAUCAUCAUCAUAGUGCAAUCAGCUGGGGGAGGAAAAGUAAUGAAAGUGCUUUCCACUGUUUGGUGUAAAUGGAAAAUGGGUUAUGAAAUAUCUGUUCCAUGAACAAAACUGCUAGUGAUACAAGUGCGCAGUUUAUUGGAGCCCCAUUUAUCAUAUGCUAGAGAUUUAUUUAUUUGUUGUUAUUAUUCAAUAUUGGUGCUAAUUUUAUGUUAUUUGUUUGGCAGUAUUAGUCAGUGUAGGUGCUGGCGUUUCCCAUAUUCUGUACACAUGUUUGUACAUGUGAAAUAAAAGAAAUAUUCCCAUUAUCAAAAUAAAGUUUUAUACUGUCUUUCAAACCAAAAUUUGUUAAAAAGUACCAUUCAACACAGAAACCCCUAAUAUACCUAUCACUGUAAUCUGUUCCUUCGAAAAGUAUGAAUAAAUAUCAUUUUUAUAUGCUGAAAUCCAGCUGCAAAACA